AUGUUAUACGCUGCACCUGUUGCUGCUCCUGCAGCAGCAGCAGCAGCAUCACCAGCAGCAACAACAGCCGCAGCAGCAACAGCAACAGCAGCAGCAGCAGCAGCAGCAGCAGCAGCAGCAGCAGCAGCAGGGGGUACGGGGCAGUUUCAGCAGCAGCAACAGCAGCAGCAACAGCAGCAGCAACAGCAGCAGCAAAAACAACACCAAGCAUAA